AUGCUAUCCGGGUUCCGGUCUCUACACUCUUCACGCUGGCCCGCGUGCACGGCAGCAGCCGGAGCAGCAGCAGCAGCAGCAGCAGCAGCAGCAGCAGCAGCAGCAGCAGCAGCAGCAGCAGCAGCAGCAGCAGCAGCAGCAGCAGCAGCAGCAGCAGUCGCCGCCGCCGCAGCAGCAGCAGCAGCCGCAGCGGCCGCCGUCGCAGCAGCCCCUACUCCCAGUUCCUGUCCCUCCCCCUAG